AUGGCCGACUCAAGCACAUCCGCGCAACCGAGCCACCGUGCGCUCGAAACCUUUCGUCAAAAACUGGCCACCGAAUGGAAAGGGAUAGCGUACUGCCAACGUGAAUACUUUCGGACUGCUGAGAUCGAGAGAUGGAUGUUGCGAACCGAUACGGACGGGGUGGCGACCAACGCCGGUCUCCUGCUCAUAGCUGUCUACGACAGAAAACCGAAUCAGAUAUACAAGCCGACAUCCUACGACCUCCUAGUCGCCGACCGCCGCUGCUUGAUCGUCGGCGUCGUAUCAUCGACCAGCGCAUUGGAAAUGCAUUUCAAUUUCUACGCAGAGCAACUGGUCCACGAUCUUGAAAUCGAAGGUGUGGAGGAUGCAAGGGGUAUAAUAGAACGAUUCGAGGAGAGGAAAUGGCACUAUUGCCCCUGUCGCCUGAGUCUCGGAAUGCAGCAGACAUUCGAAGAUCCCAGAACGGGCAGGUGGAUUAUGCCGUUCUGUAAACGUCAGCCGAUCAACGCGGGCGGGACAGCUCAGGUAUGGAAAGUCAGCGUCCCAGAAGCGCUCGUACCUGGGGACUUGGCCAAGUCCAUCGAGCGUUCGAGGUACUCUGAUAACAAACAUGGCAUAUGCUAUACGCUUGCGCUGAAAACAUUCACCGAAGAUAUAUCUCGGAUAUUCCACUUUGAGAAAGGGGCAUAUCUUGCUUUGCGAGGGAAACGCGGCAUGAUCCACUACCUUGGGGACUAUGAAAUCGACGAGCGACUCGAAGAUGGGACUGUGGCGCGAACUUGGAACAUACUGCUGGAAUACGGAGACGAAGACCUUGAGGAAUUCUUUGCUUCACCGUUGCAUUACCCGCCAAUCUUGAAUGCAGAAACGAUAAAGUUCUGGGGCGGAUUGGUUAAUGUCGCGGAAGCACUCGAACGGAUGCAUAACUUGGAUGUGAAACGAGAAGAUGGGCAAUCGCAACAGUACUACGGCUGGCAUGCUGACCUGAAGCCCGACAAUAUCCUCCGUGUCCAUGGCGAGUUCAAGCUGGCCGGCUUUGGCUUCGCAAAGUUCAAAAACAGGGACCUUGACAGCAUCGCGGAAGAAUUCAUGAUUGGGGGAACAGAAACCUAUAGUGCGCCUGAGUGCGACCGUAACCGCCGAGGCCGAGGCACCAUGACGAGCGUCACUCAGAAGAUCGAUACGUGGUCAUUUGGCUGCGUACUGUCAGUCUCGGCUACCUGGGUAGUUCUGGGAUAUCAAGGAGUGUUGGCCUACCACUUAAUUCGACAAGGCGCCAUCCAAAAACUCAGGAAAAGACGAAAGAACGGCGAGAAGAUCAGGGUCCCAGCGGCUGACGAUGCUUUUCAUAAUGGCUUGGCUGUCCUUUCUGAAGUCAGAGACUGGCACAACUACCUCAGGAGCGUGUUGAGGAAGUCUGAUACCAUAACAGAUCUCAUUCUUGACCUGAUCGACUACAAGAUGCUGGUAGGGAAGCCUCCACUUCGACUCGACUCGAGACAGCUAUGCAGCCAGUUGCAUGAUAGCUUAGCCUUGGCUCAAAGGCACUACCAGCAGCUACUCGUUGGCGGAUCUAUCAAGCCUGUGGCCGAGUCGAUUGUUGAGGCUUUGCUAAGCGUCGACAACAGGCCGACAGUGAGCUCCGGUGGUGUGAACGGAGCGACGACAGCAAGCAGCAGCCGGGCUACCUCAACCUCUGCUAGGGACUCAAGAACCGGCGAUAUACAAGGGGCUGAUAGCACUCAGAGUCCUCUUGGAAUUCAUACUGAAAACACCUCGACAGCCACAGACCCUGUUACGCCAAGAAGAGCGAGCUCUACACAGGGUGAAUUCACGCGGGAGAAGGAAGUUGUACAUAUGCCAGGAGUAAGUCUACACCACGGAACUGAACCUGUGACACCGAUGAACGGCCACCCUCCUCUGACUUCGAGCCCACGUCUUAUUCAAGGAGAGUCGCCAAGUCGAAAUGCUGGUUCAAAAUCUCCCGCUGACUCAUUGGGCCCCUUCUCGAGCCCAACAACUGCAACUGAACCCGCGGAACCCUUUUAUGUGGAUCCAGCAUGGCCAGUAUAUAAAGUGAAGGAUGCGAUGAAAAGACAGGAGGUACGACGGUGGUUUGGAAAACAACCAUCGGACGAAUAUCUGAAGAAUUUUCUGAAAGAUCGCGACAUAAAAUUCCUCAUCGAUAACGAUACGACCAUGGUACGCUUCUGGGAUGCUAUGGAGGUUGUAUUUGAUACCUUGGUCAAAAAGAUUGGUCGAUUAGACGACGACGCACUUGACCUAGAGUUCACGAUCGGGACCGACCACAACGCCUACAAUGCUAAAGAAAGGCAACUGUUCACAAAUUUCAAGAAGGCCAAGAGAGAAGCACUGGCCAGGCAAGUGCAAUUCCAAACGGAUAUGAUGAGUUCGCUCACGCGCAUAUUCGACGAGUACCUGCGAAACCCAGCUCGACCGAUGACCUUGAUAGUACUGACCGACGGAGUCUGGGUUGGCACGGUGAACUCGGAUGGUACACCAAACCCGGUCAAGGUCGAGCUGGCCAUUGCAGAGUUCCUCAGAAAGAGAUUAUUCACGGAGAAGUCGACGAAACGGUGGUUCACCAUCGAGUUCAUCUCUUUUGGAAAUGCAGGGCUAGAGAUACUUACAAGCCUUGACGACGAGAUGGCGAAGAAGUAUUCAGUACCAGAUGUCAUCGAUACUGUACCGGUGUCAGGAGAUGUAUACAAGAUGAUACUGGGCAGUCUCUUGGAUGAACUGGACGCGAAACCCAUGUCGGCGGCAUCCACCUCGUCGGUCCACGCGCCAACUCCCCUAAAUGGUUUUGAGACUACCAGCUACCUGUCAGCAUGGAGACCACUUCCACUCUCAUUGCCCUCGACCUUGACCUCCCUCGACGAGCUUCUGGAGUGCGCCAAGCAGGAGGGUGCUGCCAUCUGCAUUGUCGACGGCACCAUCGAGGGAGCCGAGGCCGUCAAGGUCACCAGUGACACUACCAUCCUCGGCAAGGACUACAACGCCAUCCUCAAGGGCGUCGGGCUCAAGAUCAACGGCAAGAGUGGCGAACGGGUCAGAAACGUCAUUGUUCGCAACCUGUCCAUCGACAAGGUCCUCGCUUCGACCGGCGACGCCAUCGGUAUCCAAUACGCCGAGAACGUCUGGGUCGAUCAUUGUGACAUACAAGGCGACCGCACCCAGGACGACAAGGACCUAUGCGACGGCCUCUUCGACCGAGCUCAACUCGCGCGCGCCGUCGUAUCGCUUUGGCACGGGUCACGUCUUCAACAACUGCUACGAGAACGUGAGCGACGCCAUCAUAGCGCGCAGCUGCUGGUCGAGGGCAACGUCUUCGUCGACGUCGGGAAGCCGCUGUAUGCCGUUGAUGGCGAUGGGUUCGCUGUGGACAAUGAUAAUGACUUUGGCGGCGCUGGGAACACGGCCUCGGCUGGGUCUGUCUCAGUGCCGUACGAGUACACGCUUAUGGGCUCGGCUGAGGUUGCGUCUGCUGUUUUUGGUACGGCUGGUGCUACGCUCACGUUCUGA